UGAUCAGUAUCAUGUGAAUCCUGUUUCAGGGACGUGUCGGUGAGGUUGCCUUAUCCACUGUAGGUUUAGCUGAAAAGCUUUGCUGUUGACACGUUUCUGUGUUGUGACAUAAUGGCGGAUGACAAACCGAUCCAUGAGCUAAGGUUUGAAGCCGCAGUCAAAGUCAUUCAGAGUUUACCAAAAAACGGUUCAUUUCAGCCAUCCAAUGAAAUGAUGCUGCAGUUUUACAGCUACUACAAGCAAGCUACACAGGGACCCUGCAACCUUCCCAGGCCAGGCUUCUGGGAUCCUGUAGGCAAAUACAAAUGGGAUGCUUGGAAUGGCCUCGGGGAUAUGCCCAAGGAGGAAGCAAUGAUUGCCUAUGUUGAAGAAAUGAAAAAGAUUAUUGAGACCAUGCCAAUGACGGAGAAAGUGGAGGAGCUGCUUCAUGUACUGGGACCGUUCUACGAAAUCAUCGAAGACAAGAAGAAAAUCAACAGCGUGUCUGAUCUAUCUUCAGUCCGAUUGGAGAGGUUUGCUCAGUCACUGGAAGGCAUUGGAAAUAUGCUGACAUCAACCCCAAACCUCAAGGAAUUGAAUGGCAUACAGGAGGGCAGUGACAGCGGAGCAGAGUCCGAGAGUGAUAAUGAGGAGGAGGAGGAGGAGGAGGAGGAGGAGGAUGAGUCUGAGGAAGGUAACCAGGGGAAGACAAGUCGAGAAGACAGUGUAAAGGAUCUAAAGCUCAUGAUGGAAGACUCUGCAGGAAAGGAGAAUAUCCCUCUAGCUAACGGCAAUGUAGAAAACCAGCACCCCUCUGUAGUGAAUGGGUCUCCUAGUAAGAAAUCAGUGUUGAACGGGAACAACUCAGAAGAGAAACUGAACCAAAAGAGCCAGACCCUGGAAUCUCCUGAACUAUCAGAUGUCAACAGCCACAUCACUGACCACAUUGAAGAUGUUUCCAGUCUGCACCGCUUAACAAGCGACUCAGACAGUGAGGUCUACUGUGACUCUAUGGAGCAGCUUGGCCAAGAGGAGAGCUCAGAAGUAUUCCUAAACCAUUCGCUGGAGUUCCAGGAAGUGAACCAUAGCCAGUUGUCAUCCAGGAUGGACCUCCCUGAGCCAGUGCGGUUGUGCAGUGUGGAUAAGAGCUGUGGAGCAGAGGGAGUGAAGCAUGGAGGGGAGGACGGGAAGCCCAGAGGAAACGGGACACAGAAAGAGAGACUGGAAAAGACAGGAUACUCAGGACUCCAGCAACGAAGGGGCUCCAGGACGCAGGCCGCGGGCGGAGGUCCCCAGGGAGUGGAGCUGGGCAGUGGGGGGGAUGGGGAUCGGUGGGGGACAGAGGAACUAGCAAGGGGCACUCUCAAUGAACAGAUUGCUGCAGUCCUCACGAGACUGCAGGAGGACAUGCAGAGUGUCCUGCAGAGACUGCACACCCUGGAGGCACUCGCCAACUCGCAGACGCAGGCUAGAUCCUUCACCUUGCCACCAAAUAAUCCAUCUUCUCCUGUAAACAAGAAACCCUCCUGGUGGCCUUUUGACAUCUCUCCUGGCACUCUGGCCUUGGCACUUAUUUGGCCCUUUGUGGCUCAGUGGUUGGUGCGUCUUUAUCUUCAGAGAAGGCGAAGAAAAACCAAGUGAACAUUCACCUUUUACCAGAUUCCAUAGUGAAAGACGGCCCUUGAAUUCGAAGCUCUCCGUUCAUCUGUUAGCUUUGCUGUGUCAUUACUCUCUCUCUCACAUGUUCUAUACAGCUGACUUCUGCACUACGGUGAUGACACUGCGAGAGAUAAGUGCUCACCUAUAGCAACUACUGAUACUUGAAAUUAAUCCAGUCAUUGAGAAAAGAGAAAAAAAAGGGAAUGUACUCUGAUUGUCUAGAAUCAAGCGAGGUUUUCGUUUUUCAUUUCCUUUGAUUUUUGUAAAGCUUUAUUGUUAGCAUUUAAAAUACUGCCUGUAAUAGUUAUUGGAAGGAAUGCACUGACCAUGUACAGAUAAUAGUUUGAUGGCACAUUUUUUUUUUUUUUUUUUUGAAAAACGUAAUCUUUUCAAAGCAUGCUUUUGUUUUAAUAGCAGAGGCUGUUUAAGACAUUAAUAAUAUAUUUAAUUAUGAAAGACUUUAAUAACUGUAACUUCUUUCACACACCUUUAUCUUUAUCCAUUGUCUUUCUCCAGUCAACCUACUGCAAUACAGACUUGCAGUGAAAUUAACAGAUAUGAAACGCAGGCAAGUCAAAAUGUUUCAGAUCUCUAUUUUGAACAAAGGGUUCUUUAACGGUACACUAAAAGAUUAUUUACUGUAGUUCUUUAUUAUAUUGUUAAUGUUAUAAGGAAAUGUUACCACUUCAAUCAAACUUGAUGUUAAAAAU